AUGAAAGAAACAAUCUCUGAGAAACUUGAGAAAUAUUUCUUUAACCUUCAAUAUGAAGAUUAUGAUAAGGCUGACCAAAAACUUAUUCAGCUUUUAUCUUUAGAAACUAAAGAAUGCGAAGAAUUGUAUCAAAAAGAACCCAAACUUUUUGAUCAAUAUUUUAGAAUGACUAAAAUAGAUGAACCUGAUACUGAAUCAGAACAAGAAGAUAACUUUAAAACUAAUACAAAGACUGUUAAGUUCGAAUAUUCAGAUAUGGAAGAUGAUGAAGCAGAAUCUUCUUAUACAGCCACAAGAAGAGGCAAUAAAAAGAAAUAUGAGUUCAAAAUGCCUGUACACAAUGGUAUUCCAGAUAGUAGCAAAGGACCCAAUACGAUCAAUAUACUCAAUAUUGAUUGUAUCCAAGAUCUAAAACUCAGAGAAAGAGUUGUAGAAAAAUGGGUUACUGAGAUUUCACUAAUCUUACAGACAAACCCAGAUGAAUUUGAAAAAGCAAAAAAUGUUCUUCUACUUUUAGAACACAAAACUGAUGGAAUUGUGCAAAAGUUCCUAAGAAACAAUAAUUGGAAUGAAGAUUUGCAUGGUUCAGAUCUUUUUGAUAAUCUCAUAAAUGUCAUAUACACUACUUUCUUAGGUCUUGAUUAUAUUUCUAAUAAAGACUUUACCAUUAAUAAGAAAGUUGACGUAGCAAGAGUUUCAAUGACAAAACUCCAAUUACAUGAUAUUAGUCUUCUCGACAAAUACACAUGUAUGUAUGAAUCAUAUCUAUAUGAUAUUCCCAAAGAAGUGAAUAUGCACAAUGGAUAUCUGCUUAUCUAA